UAAAGGAGCCAUAUUGAUGGGUGACCCCGAGAGUGGUACCGGGCGAGAGGCGAGUCCAGAGCAGAGGUAGCGCGCGCGGCCCGCGAACACAGCAUCCAACCCCUGCCAGUCCCCCAUGGCCCCGUGGAGCCGAGAGGCGGUGCUGAGUCUCUACAGGGCUCUGCUGCGCCAGGGCCGAGAGCUCCGCUACACUGACCGAGACUUCUACUUUGCUUCCAUCCGCCGUGAAUUCCGGAAAAAUCAGCAACUCGAGGACCCUGUGGCCCGGGAGAAGCAGCUAGAGAAGGGCCUAUUCUUCCUCCACCGCAAGUUAGGGGGGCUCAUUUAG